AUGGAGCCCGCACAAUUGGGGGAGUUAACAAAUCGUCCGCGGCCGCUCAUCCUUUUUACCGGUCUCGAUCUCUCAAAUCGCCCUAUUCACUUCAAUCUGGUGAAUGAAUUUCGGCAACGAGCCUCUGAACUGCCACCCUUUAAUAUUCGAGCCCUGGUUAGCGGCGAAGAACUGCCGCAUCAUCAAAAAAGAUCAAACAAGGGCAAAGGAUAUUUGAGUAGAGAAUGGCUGGAGAAGUACAGAAAUGAGGUGCCUGCACUUGUCGUACUGUACCUCGAUUUGGAUUGGGAUCAUCCGAGUUGGAGGGAAAAGCUUUUGGAAGCGAAGGGGAAGGUGGAGAGCCUUCGAAGUUUCCAGGAACACUAUAAGAGCAAUCUGAUUGUGGUUUUACUUCAAGAAAAGAUUGCCACCUACCCGGCAGAGGCUCAGCAUCGUUCCGAUGAAUUUUGUUUAGAAUGUCGUUUGACUCCUAAGCAGUUGUUUGUAAUUCGAACUGGUUCCGAGUUAGUGACUUACGUCCAUAAACUCGGGAAUGUUUUUCACGAGAUGACUCCCACUUUCUAUCAAUCGAGACAAAAAGUUGUACGAGCUCGGGUGAUCCCGCACAAUUCUGUGCCGCUCCUGAUACGUCAGCAUUUCAAACUAGGAUUUCUUGCUGAAUUCCGGCAAGAUACACAUACAGCUCUGAGAUAUUACAAAAGUGCAUACGAUCACUGCUUGAGCGAAAGGUUUUCCGCCGAAAAUAGGGAUCAAUAUGAGCUGCGGAAUGUUGCGUCCUUACUUACAUAUAAGAUAUUUGAUCUCAACUUUGCUCACAACGCGCCAAGGGAGGCGAUCAACUUUUUCAACAAGCAUAUGGUCGACUUUUUCCACAAUGACCCUGGUGCCAUACCUACUAGAUCACUGGCUCAAGUUGAAUAUGAUUGGUGGCGGAGCGCACAGGCAAUGAACUUUGCAAACCUCUUUGAUCGGGCAGUGGCUAACGGGUUGACAGCCGUUGCUGGUGUUAAUCCAGGAACUUUCAUCGAAAUUGCUGCCCACUACUACGGUUCGGCGAAUCGGACAAUUUCUGAAAUCAAAAUAAACCGCCCACAUGUCGCAUACCCGCAACCGGACCCGCUAAUCGCUGCCAAGUCGGAAUUCUUUGGUCAGCGCGCACCAGCACUGACAGGCUCCGUCCCUGAUCCACAACUCGUUGUUCGCGCUCUGGAGCUAAAAGCAAAUGAAAACUAUGCUGCGCAUAUUGAACUGCUCGAAUCGGCCGGAACCCAUUUCAAAAAAUACGACUGUACCCGGCUGCAGCAAAAGCUGGCUAUAGAGAUUGCGGAAGUUUAUGCAGCAAGUGGACGCACUAAGGAUACGAUUAAUCAACUCGCUGUCGUUUUGAAGGAAGGGAUGCUACCUGCAGAACUUCAAGUGGUGCUUUUGAAAAAGGUAUUGUGGUAUGCAUACAAUGACGUGGCUGUUCCCGAAACAUUUCUUGCAGCAUUACAAUUGGCUAGGCUUGAACCUCUGAAUGAUGAAAGAACGCAAUACGAAGCUAUCGCCGCCGAUAUAUUAAAUGGCAAGGCGGCGAUCAACCCUUAUUCAGCUGAUAUGGCUGAGGAGAGAAAAAAUCAACUUGCACACUUUUGGGAGAACGCAAUGUCUCAAUUAACCGCGACUGGCCUUAAAGUGAACUGCUCCAAACUGACGACCCUUAUCGAAGUUGCCGCCUCGUUUCCAAAUAACAAGACCAAAGUCGACGUGGAAACAGUACCCUGUUGCUUAAAAGUUACCAACUAUGGAAACAAAGUGUUAAACUUUAAAGGCUUCUCAAUCUUUUGCGAAAUUUACGAGCCAUCCGAAAAGCCGAUAAAAGGCGUCAAAGGGAAGCAAUAUCCAUUUGCUAUCAAAAAGGAGGAGAUCGUUGUUCCGCCAAAUUCAACCAAAAAAGUUGAUGUCCGGACUGCUAUCAAAGAAAACGAAUUGCUCGGCGAGCUAUGGAGGGAGAACACACGAAUCAAGUUAUCGAGCGUUUGGCUAGAAGCCCGCAGUGAAUCUGGGAUCCCAGUUAUGUUAACCUGGGAUGACAGUUGCAUUUCCGAGAGUCUCGACGAUUUUGCUGCAGAUGAAUUACAAACUCUGAGCAUCACGGCUCCAUCCGGUGGGAUUGUGAAUGCGGGUGAGAAGGUGGUGAAUUGUUUGCUGGGUGAAGUCUAUUCCAAGGAGCUGAUUAUCCGAAAUGAUUCGAAUAUCAUCUGCAGUAAUGUCAGGCUUGAAUAUAUCCCCGGCACACAGCCAUCAAUCAAUUCGCUGCCUGUAUUAUUUGCUGAUGACCAAAACCAUUUGGGAGGAGAAUUAUCGGUCUUCAUCACGAAUACCCUCAAUCCAGGAGAACAGAUGUCCCACAAAGGAUUCCGCUUUUCGCCUCAACUCAACGGCAGCAUGAUUUUGAACCUGAAGAUGACAUAUAUAACCCCAAAAGGCCAGAAAAAGACCGAAGAUUUCCCGAUAACAAUCAUCGCCGAUGAGCCUUUUUCAGUUCGGAGCCAGAUUUUGACGCCAAGUGGAAUCGGCGUGACGAAUGUUUUGAACACCAGCCCCCAUCUUCUGAAAGUCGAUCUAAAGACCAAUGCCACAAUACAGAUCAAGGAUGUUCAGUGGCUAAUGGCUGACAUCGUCGACGAUUCGGCCCCCAGGUUGUCGACGCCGGAAGAACAUGAAGCAAUUUUCCGAAAGGAUAUGGUCGUAUCGUACUGUACAUCGUUAGUUACAAACGUGAAAAAUUACGAGGGAGAUGAGACACCUCUGGGUCGGAUUGUUGUUUAUUGGAAGAGGGCGGAUAAGGAAAGCGAAGCGUAUGUACGAUCGGUUAUUCCACUUUGCCGCACCUUCAUCGCCAAGUGUCCAAUUUCAAUCCGUGCUGUUGUCUAUUCGAAGACAGCCGAGAUGAAGCGACCAUUGGAUGUGACAUAUUUCUUAUGCAAUAACACUAAUUCGCCAAUCGACGUCAGCGUGUCAUUUGAUGUAGCCAAUACGUUCUUACUGUACGGACGGUUGACGGAAAAUUUGACGUUACUUCCAAACGCUCCCCAGCGAGUAAAUAUCGCGGUGAUGGGACUCUCGGCGGGGCGGUUUUCAUUUCCGCGUAUUCAACUACGAAGCCCCACCAUCACCGAUAGUGUCAUGGUCGACUGUCAACGAAAUAUCCCGUCGACAAUUCAUAUUGUGUAUCCCGACAAACGACAACCGGUCCGCGAAACCUCUCCGAAGAUCGCAAAU